CUGAUUGGGUCUCAAAUUUCCAUUUCCCAAGUAACACACCCCUGCAUCAUGUUUGGUGGCACUGGCAGCUGUGCAUUAAUGCAUCCUUGCUUCUAUUCAUCAAACUCACAUCUCCUUGCUGUUUGGCUUACAGCUAUGGCCAACGUUUUUGUGGUAGAGCGUCAGUCUAUUCCAUGUCCAGUGCAGCUUGGGUGCAGCACUGGGUCAAGUCAAUGCGGAACGGGUCGGCCCGAAGGGCCGAACUGUAUGUUGCUCGUGAGUUGGGCCGCAUUGUUUUCUGACACUCUAGGCGCUGUUCGUUGUUGCUCUCAACGCCAACGGACGCGUGCAGCAGCACAGUAACGAAGAAUCAGAAACGUCGAAGAGCGACCACAUGACCUCAUGCCAUCUUUCCCGACAAACCCGCGCACUCUUGCAGAUGUACGCGAGGAGGUUGCCCAGAGCCUCGCGCUCCGUAUGAUCACCAAAGCUCGCACAGUCGACGGUGUCCGCAUCGGUGUCCACUUCACUUUCUCAAAAAAAGAUGAUGGUCGUUUUCUUCAACUUGUCACCUCUCAUAUCCGUGCACGCUUACCCGAGUCAUCUCGGUACCUCUUCGCCAUAGCCACCACUGGUACAUCCCAAAGCAGUCGUAGUACAAGGAGUAGCUCCCGUACUUCAAACGCACUCGUUAUCUGCGGGUCAGAUGAGGAUGAUGUGCAGCGUGCUGUACUCCUCGCAUCCUCUAAAUUUUUGGGACGCGUCGAUGCAGUUCAAAAUACGGGUACUCUCCUCGCUGCCUCUGUAAGGCAUAUUGGCUCGUCAUAUGAUGAAGCUGCCUUGUGGGAUGUACUGUCCAAGUCUGUACGCACUCCCAUCGAUCCUCUUCUUCCUCCCCCUGGAUCUCGCAGCAUUGAUCAACUUCUCUCUGAUUCCCGGUCAAAGCUCGAGCGAAUGACGCCCCGACAAGCCUACGACGCCCUUCACGACGCCACAUACCCCAUGCCUGUAUUUCUUGUGGAUAUUCGCCCAGCUUCCCAACGUGCUCGUGAAGGUGGGAUCCAUGGAUCUCUCAUCAUCGAGCGAAACGUUCUAGAAUGGCGUUUUGACCCGCGCUGUGAAGCGCGACUAGCAAUCGCAGAUCGCUAUGAUUUAAAGAUCAUCAUAUAUUGUCAGGAGGGCUACACGAGCUCAUUAGCUGCGGCAUCCCUGCAUGAGCUUGGGAUGCUCAAUGCAACUGAUAUAGUGGGAGGAUAUGCUGCAUGGAGGGGAGCUGGCUUACCAGGUCAGAUAAGGCCCCCGUCCACUGUCAGUGAUGAGGAAAGCUAUCAACUCAGUCAACCAUCGUUUGAUUCUGAUGAUGUGAUUGAUGGCAUAUGACCAGGUUUGACAACAAGACUUUUUAGUUUACUUACGCGGAUUUAUGAGCCUGUAUUAUUAUGCGCACUGCUAUGGAGACAUACGACUUGUUGCUAUGAAUAAAAUGGAUAAACGUUUGUUGACCAGAGGAUGUCAUAUUCGUCUAGCUGGCUCGUGAUUUUACAUAGUGGUAAUCCUUGAACGUGACAU